AUGAGAGAAUGCAUAAGUAUUCAUCUUGGUCAAGCUGGUGUACAAAUUGGAAAUGCAUGUUGGGAACUUUAUUGUUUGGAGCACAGAAUUUGUCCAGAUGGAUUAGCGCAACCACACGAAGAAAUACCAGCUGAUGAUUCAUUUGAAACAUUUUUCAGUGUAACCAGUUCCGGAAGACAUGUACCAAGAGCUGUAUUUCUUGAUCUGGAACCUACAGUUAUUGAUGAAAUACGAAGAGGAAUCUACCGACAGCUAUUCCAUCCAGAACAAUUAAUCACAGGAAAAGAAGACGCAGCUAACAAUUAUGCACGUGGACAUUAUACAAUUGGUAAAGAAAUUAUCGAUGUAGUAUUAGAUCGUAUCAGAAAAUUAUCUGAGCAGUGUGAAAAUUUACAAGGAUUUUUAGUAUUGCAUUCAUUCGGUGGUGGAACUGGCUCUGGAUUUACAUCAUUACUUAUGGAACGUUUAGGUGUUGAUUAUGGUAAAAGAUCGAAGUUAGAAUUUUCUGUUUACCCUGCACCACAAAUAUCUACAGCUGUUGUUGAACCCUAUAAUUCAAUAUUAACAACACAUACAACACUUGAGCAUUCAGAUUGUGCUUUUAUGGUUGAUAAUGAAGCUAUUUAUGAAAUAUGUCGACGAAAUUUAGAUAUUGAAAGACCAAGUUAUACUAAUUUAAACAGAUGGCAACAUUAUAAUAUUUUGUAA